UGCCUGAGCAAGGAAGGAGCACAGACCCCGUACAGGGAGCAAACAGAGCAGGAAACAGAGAAGGAAGCAGAGGGAAUCCAGCAGAACUUGUGCAAUAACCAGCAAGUGAUCCGUCAUUGCACAACUUAUAACCAAUCCUCGCCUCAGGUGAUGAUGCUCGCACACAAACAGUCUGAGCUGGCAGCUGCUCGCAUCCCUGUAGUCUGAGCAGCAGUGUUCCAGUCUGUGGCACCCCGGUGUGCUAUGCCCACGGAAAUCAUGCACGCGGUGAGGAUGCAGCCAAUCUCCGAGCUGCAGCACCACAGCCCAGCGGUGUCUGUCAGGCUACUUACCAAGGGCCCAGAUUACCUGCGGCGGCAGCUGGAGGGGGCACAGAGGGUAACGCUGAGCGCCGUAGAGCGGUUGGCGGCCGACAAGGCCAAGUACGUGAAGAGCCCACAGGUGGCAUACGGCAGACAGGAGGGCAGCCACAGCAGCCGGGGCAGCAGAGACACCCGAGGAAGCUCGGGGGGCAGCAGCACAGAGGGCAGCUCCCAGGGCAGCAGCAACAGGCAGAGCCAACAAGUGGAGACAGAGCAGAAGUCGCCGUAUCCCGCGAGUGCCCCCGUCAGGCGGGGCAGCAGCAAGAGGCAGCUACGCCCGGACUCUCUGGUCUUCUACAGGCAGAAGAGCCGGGCUGAGGGAGGCUUGGGGGCUGCAGAGCAAGCCCGGGCUGGCCUGGUGAGGAGGCUUUUCCUGGGAUCGCUGAAAGAAAAAACCCCAAUGGAUUCAACCCCAGAUGUGAGCAACAUCCAGCAGCCGGGGAAGGAGGAAGCAGAGCCCCGCGUCAAGGUGACUGGGCUGCACCGCUCUCAGUCGGAUAUCAGCUCCCGCUAUUCCCGCUCCUUCGCUGAGUUUGACACCUUCUUCAAGUACUGUGGGUUGGAGCCGGAGGUGGUAAACGAGCUGGGCAGAGAGAGCUUCACCCCAGCCCCGGAGGACUUACCGGACACCGCGGGGCAGCAGCACCGGAUCCGCAGUGUCAGCGUUGCCACCUCAGAGAGCGGCUUUAGCCGGAGGAGCGGGGAAGGCAGCGGCCUCGAUCUGCAAGAGGACGAGAGGCUCAGUGGGCAACUGGCAGGUGGAGGUGGCAAUAGCAGCACGUCAGUCAUAGAACGCAAUGCCAGGAUCAUCAAAUGGCUGUACAGCUGCAAGAGAGCUAGAGAGACCCGGGGAGGUUCCCCAGAUCUGCCCUAAACUCCCAGUCUGGCACAUAUGGGCAACCAACGACAUAAGCUUUUUUUUCUCGCUCACCUAGUGCCAUGUUUAGGAACUGGUCACCAUUUUCUAUGGGGCAGCUGUUCUGUGUUCUGAUGCACUAUACAGAAACAAGACUGGGUUAGGUCACUGGAUCAUGGGCUUGUAUAAUGGCAUUGCCCUAUUCUGAACUUGAUACCCCUAACCUACAUGUGAUUUUAGUGAAGAAUGAAUGACUACCACCUCUAAAAUAAGGGGCGGAUACUAUAAAAGAGGGAUGACUAGCAGUCAAGGGGUUAAGGUGUAAUGAAGCAAAACAUAAGACCCUGACUUCCCUAUUCAAGACAGAGAGGCAAAUCUUUCAGGUGUGAGUUUGCACCUAUAUGCUGGGUAUAUAGGUGCCAUAGGGGAGCUGCUGGACAGCAAGUUCCCUAUAAAGAAGUUGUUUUUUAAAGUGCAAAAGGCCUUGUAGAUGCACUGUGGGGUUUCAAUUAUUAUAUUAUUGUUAAGUAAUUCAAAGUGUUGCUCUUAAACAGGUAGUAUAAAAGCACUGACUACAUUACUUGUUUGGGGAACAAGUUGACUUUAGCUAGUAUGAUACCUUUUUAGAGGAUUCAUCAGUGAUAUGUUGUCAUGGGUGAGAUACACAGUUGUGUUUUAGAAAUGUUUAUAUUUUAACUGUGAGAUAUAUCUUGCAUGGAUCAUCUUGAAAUGUAUCAUGCCCUUUAAUCAACUUGAUUCCUCAAUUGUAAUUUCUUUCUGUAAUUUUCUUGUUUGUUUGCUGAAUCCAAGAAUUACAGUGUUACAUUUUCUGCUGUUUGCUGGUUACAUAGGAUUAUUUUUUAAUCAAGCUAUUUUGAGUAUAGAACAACACAGCACAAUAACAGAUCAAUACUUGGGCCUCUCAGAUAUAACAUAACAUGAACUCAAAUUGAUUUCAUUGAUAUUCUAGAUCACUCAAUCUCUAUAUUUUUUGAAUAAUUUGUCAAAGGGAUCAACAUAUAAUUAAAUAAUACCUCAUUUUGAUAAAAUAUAAUGUUAAUAUAUGAGCAGGGCCUAUCUGCUAUGGAAUGCAUUACAUUUCUUUGUUGAUUAUAUAGUGAUACAAGAAUCUGCAAACCAUGGUCUGUGCUUAGAAUUAUUCAUUUGACAAUUGAUGCAUAUUAUAAUUCUUUUUUACAUCAUAAUUUGAUUAUAACAACACAACAUCAAUUUCAACAUUUCAUAGCUAUUUAUCUGUGUCAUUUUGAAAAAGUAACUUAUGUUUUUGUUUCUAGGGUCUAUUUACAAUGUGGGCAUUCACAUUUUUUAAAGAUGGUGUUUGUUUUUUUUUACCUAUUUAAUAUUAUGUAUUUAGAGGCUGCUUAUAUUUUCAUCACAGCUACAUUAAAUUAGUACAAUUUCUUAUUAUUUUUUACUUAAACAUUUUAGAUUGCCUAAAAAUAAAAAUGUCUGCAGUGUAAUUUUGUCUAUUGCCCUGAGGAGCAGACAUACAUAAUCUCUAGCAGUUUAUUGUAUAUAGUGAGAAACUGGCUACUUUAAUGACUCCUAAUUGUACUUAGACAUGACAUGACACAGCUUUCCACACACUUCAUUUAGUUAUAGGAUAAGCAAGACCCUUUUACUAUUUGCAAAUCCUGUAUCAGCGUAUCUGCUAUUUUUACUUCCAAGUAAAACAGAUGCAAUCAGUAGACAUUAAACAGGAAUGGGUAAUUAGUACACUUUGUUUUGUCUAAAUAUUUUACAUAGAUUCUGUGAACACUCAAAAAAAUUCUAAUUAGUGACUAUUUUAGUUUUAAGUUUUGAAAAGGUGUCCAAAAAAAUGUAAAAUGUGUCACAAAUUUAACAACACUAUUCAUGUUAUUUUUGUAGCUUAUUAUUACUAUUUUUGUAUCCACAAUUUACAGAUUCUAGUAGAUACACUAAUUAUGAUGCUAUUGCUGUCAUUUGAAACCUCUGAUAUACGUGGCCUGUUACAUUAUGAAUCUAUAUCACUAUUUCUAGAAGCAGAUUAGCUAUCAAUUGAAACGAUCUUGGAAGGUAAUAUGAACAUUUCUGUCUUUCCCCAAUUUCAUUUAGUUUUUUUGGAAACAUACAUUUACCAAUAGAAAUAGUUUAUGUAUUCUAAUUUAUCUAUUUUAAGUUUAAAUUAAGACACAUUUCCCACGUUCAAUGGAAUCCAAACUUCAGAAUUCAACUGCCUGGGGCAAAACCAUUUGGUCCACAGGUGGAGAUAGCACCAAGAUACAAAAUCAAAGAUAAACAUCCAGGCCCUCACAGCUUUACAUAGGAUCAGUGAGUUGACACAUGGUGGCUUUGUUUUGACCAAGCUGUCUGUGUUAACUUAUUGUCAAAUUUACUAUGUAUCUUCCAAACAUUGGUAAAUAGGAACUGAUUUAUGGGAUAACCUGGCUCAUGUAUAUAUUAUGAGCAGUAAUUGAAAUUCCAAUCAUAAGCAAAAUUUGGUUAAAACAAGAAGGUAAAAAAAAAACAACUUGUUACUUAUAAAAAAUAUUUAUCUUUGUACUUCAGACAAUUUUAUGCAAUUCAUUUUAUGUGUCUUACAAGUUUAAAAUAGAUAUAAAGUUAUGUCUAUGCAGACUUGCAAAUGGGAUAAAAACAUAUAUUUGAAUUACUGUUAAAGAUACUUGGUGUAGAAGUGAUGUUUAAAAUAUCUGGUGCUUGAUAUGUUAUUUCUUGAUCAUGUUCAGAAUCAAAUGAUUUAUAAAAUGAAGCUCCUGAAAUCACAUUUAGAUCUUUAUUUCUGAGGUGUACUGUUCUUCCAGUGUAAUAACCGAGAGACUAGAUCCAACACCACCAUUCUGUCAUUGUUGGAUUCACUGUUGUUUAUAUUUAUUAUUUUUGCCUUGCAUUUUAUUGUUUUUGUGCUGUCAAGGUUACUCCAAUGAGAAUUGCUGUUUUUACUUAAUACCCUAACUGUCCUUUCUGUUUUUGAUGGAUGUAAAAAAUAUCUGUUGGAAGGUGGCCAGAAUCAUAAGUACUGGGUAGUAAAAUCUAUUGAAUUUGGAGGGCACUACUGACCUAAAUAUCAAAGAUGCUUACUGAAUAGAUAUGGACCUUUUAAAAAGAAAACCUUGGCUCAGUAUUUUACUUUUUUACUUCCUAUGACAAUCACCCUCUUUUCUUGCUUUGGGUAUUGGGUAUACAUUUUAUGCCAGAAUCCAUGAGAAUGUUACAUAUACAUAGCUAUAAAAAGCGCUUAUCUUGUGUUUAUCUUCAGCUUUAUAUCACAUAAGAUGAGAAACCCUGGCUUUAAUUUUGUAAUUUCUGUGCAGAAAAUUCUGAAGCAGAUAUCAGUUUGAAGCAAGUUAUUAGUCACAUGUUGUCAGACCAAGCACUCUAAGGAAUAAGCAAUUUAUGUAAUUGUUCACAUAGCAGUCAAGCAGUAUUCUCUUGCCUCUGUUCCUACAAGAAAAUGCUAGCAACUGACAGACUGAUCAGUGAUUUGCCACAUAAGUUGUCCCACAGAUGUGUUUACUAUACAAGUUGUUUACCUCUUUUUUUUUUAUUACCCUGACAGUUUAACUGUUAAGCUGCCAAAUAGGUCUACAAUGCAUAUUUAUGUGCUUUGUUUUUAAUUUCAUUAUUUAGCUAAGAGAAGUGGAAAUUAUUGAUAUUAUUUUAUGGAUCAUCAACAUUCUAUAGUUUAUGUAUUUUAUUAAACAAAAUACUAAUGGUAGCAACAUGUACCUAGUGAAUUACAUUUCUUAAAGGUGUAGUAACAAUUUUUUUAAACAACUUUCCAGUUUCCUUUCAUUAACAAAUGUACUCUGUUUUCUUUGUUGAAAAGCAUGGAGGUAAGCUCAGGAGCGUGCACGUGUCUGCAGCAUUGAUGGUAGUAGUUUUACAGGAAUGUUAUACAUUUGCAAGAAUACUAGAUAACAUCACUUUUUCCAGCCAUGUAGUGCUUUAUACAUGUGCAGCUACCUACCUAGUUAUCUCUUCAACAAAGAUUACCACGAGUUUAAAGCAAAUUGAUUAGACGUAAAUUGAAACCUGUUAAGAAUUGUAUGUUGUCUGAUCAUGACAGAAAAAAUUGGGUUUCAUGUCACAUUAAUGUUGCAAAUUCUUUCUAUUCCACUCACAACUGUGCAUUUGUUUCUGCUUAAAGGGCCACUAAGCCCCAAAUUUUUCUUUCAUAAUUCAGAUAGAGAAUACAAUUUUAAACAACAUUCCAAUUCACUUCCAUUAUCUAAUUUGCUGCAAUCUUUAGAUAUCCUUUGUUAAAGAAAUAGCAAUGCACAUUGGUGAGCCAAUCACAUGAGGCAUCUAUGUGCAGCCACCAAUCAGAAGCUACUGAGCCUAUCUAGAUAUGCUUUUUAGGAAAGAAUAUCAAGAGAAUGAAGCAAAUUAGAUAAUAGAAGUAAAUUAGAAAGUUGUUUAAAAUGGUAUUCUCUAUCUGAAUCAUGAAAGAAAAAAAUUGGGUUUAAUGUCCCUUUAAGUUCCAUUUGCUUAUUUUCCUAUAGCUUUAGCGAGUAAUACAGAGAUUUCAAAAGAAAGGACAAACCUCUCCCAAGAGGGAAAUAAUGUGUUAGGCAUCUCACAUAUUAAUAAAUACAAUUACAAUUUGACUGAACAUGACUACAUUCAGGAAAUGUUACUGUAUUGUGUAUAAAGGGUUGACUGGUCUAUGCUUAUUGAAACACGUAUGGAAAAUAUGGUACUUGAUAUGACUGGAAAGUGGAAUUUAAGCUAUGUACAUAAAUGUCAAAUUUAUUCAACAUUUCCUUUCUUCUUGCUGCUUGUAGGCAUUUUUCACUCCAGCACUGUCAUUUGUUAACUUAAUAAUUGUGAAUAUUUCUAACUUGUACCAAAGUUAAUGUGUCUUAAAUAGUGAACAAUGUGGUUCCUGUGAAGAAAGUUCAAUGUUCAACGUUUUAUUGUUUAACAGUCACGGGGAUCAAAGUCCCUUUUUGUAUAUUUUAUGAGCUUUGUGCAAUACAGUAUGUCUAUUGUUUGUACAGUAUUUUUUUUCAUGUAAAUAUACUUUUGUAAACGAAUGUAUUUCUAUGUCUUUAUAUUUGUGUCCAGAUUGCUACUUGUAUAUAAAAUAUAUCUAUAUAACUAAAAUAAAAUUAUUUAGUUGUUGGUAA